ACCCCAUUUCUUGUUCUGCUUCUCCACUCUCUCUCUCUCUCUCUCUCAAAUAAUACAAAUGGGAUUUUUGAAGACUAAAGGAGAGAUUUACAAAGCUGUUGAAGAUGUUGAUGUUGGUCCCAAUAGUAAUCAAUUUUAUCUCACAGCCAAUGUCAAAGCCCCUAGGAUGGCCGGAUUUCUUGUUAAAGUGUUUGCAUGGUUGUUGGAAACGCCCAUCUUUGGAUCCACUAUGCUCUAUUUUCUCAAGAGAAAUAACUUAAUUCACAAGCUUGUUACAUUUGCUGAGUUGCAAGAGUCACCUCUAUAUGUUCCACUUCACUAUUAUGAAGGUGGAAAGGAAGAAGAAAAUCAAAGUGGAACGUCUCCAAGGGAGCAAGUUAGGCAGGCAUUGGAAUGUAUGGUAGCUCCAAUUAAGGAUCUAAAGAGCUUCAGUAGGUGGAGCAUAUUGGAUUAUUCAACUGCUUAUAAUUCUAAGGUUAUUACACCCACCAAGGUAAUGGAAAGGUUUUUAUCAGCGGUUGAGCAGUCAUGUACUCCUUCAAUGCAAAUGUCAUUUUUUAUUAACUUUGACGCUCACGAUAUCUUGACACAAGCUGCUCAAUCAACUCAACGAUACCAACAAGGUGAAGCAUUAUCUGUAUUGGAUGGAGUUCCAAUUGGCAUAAAAGAUGAAAUUGAUUGUAUGCCUUAUCCCACCACAGGAGGUACAAAAUGGAUGCAUAAGGUAAGACAAUGCAAGGAUGAUGCGGAGUGUGUGAAACGUUUGAGAUUGUGCGGUGCCAUAUUGGUGGGGAAAACAAACAUGCAUGAGCUUGGUGCUGGAACUAGUGGUAUAAAUCCUCAUCAUGGAACUACUAGAAAUCCCUACAAUAUUGGAAGGAUUGCCGGCGGUUCUUCUAGUGGUUCUGCUGCUGUUGUGGCGGCAGGAUUAUGUCCUGCUGCCAUUGGUGUCGAUGGAGGAGGUUCUGUAAGAAUGCCUGCUGCUCUUUGUGGAGUUGUUGGUUUAAAGCCAAGCUUUGGACGUGUAUCACACUCGGGUGUUCUUCCUCUGAAUUGGACGGUUGGAAUGGUAGGGAUACUUGCUGGUACAGUUGAAGAUGCACUUCUAGUUUAUGCAGCUAUCAGUGGCCCCAAUUCAUCACAUCAUUCUCAAACCGCUCUCCCAAAAUUAUAUUUUCCUCUGCUCAAGUCACCAAGGCCUAUGCCUAAUAUCAGAUUAGCCAAAUAUGGGGAGUGGUUUAAUGACUGCAAUGAGGAAAUCAGAGUUUGUUGUUCUCGAGCUUUAGAAAAAUUGCGCGACAACUAUGGUUGGGAGACCAUACAAGUUACAAUCCCAGAGUUAGAGGUAAUGCGGUUGGCACAUUAUGUGACAAUUGGAUCUGAAUGCAGUACUUCAAUUGGUCCUGAACUAGAAAAAAUGAAUAAAGAUGAAGUAGGAUGGGAUGCUAGAGUUGCAGUUUCUGUAUAUGGUUCCUUCAGUAGCCAGGAGUAUUUGAAUGCUCAAAGAAUUAGGUGCAACGACACUCGCCACACUGGGGAACUCGACUACAUAAAUGGAGCUGCACUAGUUCGAUACCAGAUAGCAGGAAAUUUUCUGGGAUUGCCUGCUAUUACUGUACCCGUUGGUUAUGAUAAGUCUCAUUUGCCUAUUGGUCUUCAAUUUAUUGGAAAGCCAUGGGAUGAAUCCUUAUUGAUUCAUAUAGCUUUUUCCAUGCAGGCAUUAUGUAUUUCACAACACAAAAAACCAGAGGUUUUCUGGGAUCUGUUGGCCAGCUAGUUUAAUUCUCUGUUCGUUUGAUUUGCAAGCCAUAAUUUGGUCACUUAAUUCAACAAUUAACGUUUUAUCUGAUAAAUACUAUAUGCAUCUUAAAUAAUGAACUAAACCAUCUCUUAUCACUUGCCUCUGAUCCCAUGGCUAAAAGAGUCAUAUUGGUUGGCGAAUAGACUGAUGGUCAGUCUUAAGAGCAUGAGUCAUAUCUUUACAUGAUAUCAUAAUUAGGUCCAAUCCUGUUUAGACUUCCAGUCCAAGCUUCGGUUGGUUCUGAGCGUAACCGGGGGUGUUAGAGUGGAUAAAAGCAUUCGGAAAUGGACUAGCAAUCUACUUAUAUAGACUUGAACAAUCCUCACUUCAUAAGCUUGCUUUGGGGUUGAAUUAGGUUCUUUUACAUCCCCUAUGCAUGCUUUCUAUUAACCAUAAGAAAUUAUUUUUAAUGUAUUACUCUUUUUAUACUUUUU